AUGGCUUUUUUCACGGUCGCUCUUUCGCUUUAUUACUUGCUAUCGAGAGUCUCUACUCAGGCCCCAGUGGUCCAGAAUCAUUCAUGCAAUACGGCGGACGGUGGAUAUCAAUGCUUCCCCAAUGUCUCUCAUGUUUGGGGUCAGUACUCGCCGUACUUCUCCAUCGAGCAGGAGUCAGCUAUCUCUGAGGACGUGCCUCAUGGCUGUGAGGUUACCUUUGUGCAGGUGCUCUCGCGGCAUGGGGCUAGGUAUCCGACAGAGUCGAAGAGUAAGGCGUACUCGGGGUUGAUUGAAGCAAUCCAGAAGAAUGCUACCUCUUUUUGGGGACAGUAUGCUUUUCUGGAGAGUUAUAACUAUACCCUCGGCGCGGAUGACUUGACUAUCUUCGGCGAGAACCAGAUGGUUGAUUCGGGUGCCAAGUUCUACCGACGGUAUAAGAAUCUCGCCAGGAAAAAUACUCCUUUUAUCCGUGCAUCAGGGUCUGACCGUGUCGUUGCGUCUGCGGAGAAGUUCAUUAAUGGAUUUCGCAAGGCUCAGCUCCACGACCAUGGCUCCAAACGUGCUACGCCAGUUGUCAAUGUGAUUAUCCCUGAAAUCGAUGGGUUUAACAACACCCUGGACCAUAGCACGUGCGUAUCUUUUGAGAAUGAUGAGCGGGCGGAUGAAAUUGAAGCCAAUUUCACGGCAAUUAUGGGACCUCCGAUCCGCAAACGUCUGGAAAAUGACCUCCCUGGCAUCAAACUUACAAACGAGAAUGUAAUAUAUUUGAUGGAUAUGUGCUCUUUCGACACCAUGGCGCGCACCGCCCACGGAACCGAGCUGUCUCCAUUUUGUGCCAUCUUCACUGAAAAGGAGUGGCUGCAGUACGACUACCUUCAAUCUCUAUCAAAGUACUACGGCUACGGUGCCGGAAGCCCCCUUGGCCCAGCUCAGGGAAUUGGCUUCACCAACGAGCUGAUUGCCCGACUAACGCAAUCGCCCGUCCAGGACAACACAAGCACCAACCACACUCUAGACUCGAACCCAGCCACAUUUCCGCUCGACAGGAAGCUCUACGCCGACUUCUCCCACGACAAUAGCAUGAUAUCGAUAUUCUUCGCCAUGGGUCUGUACAACGGCACCCAGCCGCUGUCAAUGGAUUCCGUGGAGUCGAUCCAGGAGAUGGACGGUUACGCGGCGUCUUGGACUGUUCCGUUUGGUGCGAGGGCUUACUUUGAGCUCAUGCAGUGCGAGAAGAAGGAGCCGCUUGUGCGGGUAUUAGUGAAUGAUCGCGUUGUUCCUCUUCAUGGCUGCGCAGUUGACAAGUUUGGACGGUGCACUUUGGACGAUUGGGUAGAGGGCUUGAAUUUUGCAAGGAGCGGCGGGAACUGGAAGACUUGUUUUACCCUAUAA